CUAUUUUUUGUUUUGAUAUUUUUCUAGGUUAUGUUGUCAGCUGAUGUGCAAUGUUAUUAAAGGGUCAAAUCAAAUGUCAUUGCUCGUAUUGUUUCUAAGAUAAUACGCCAGCUUACAUAACUCAAUCAUUAGCCCGGCAAUUAGUUAGUUAAAACUUUGAAUAUCUUAAAAAGUUAAAUACGAAUAGGUUGAGUGUAGACGCAAUUUAUUUCUAUCAAUUUAGAUUACGAUUUAAAUUUUGAUUUAGUGUGUCGAUGAUUAGCUUCGGCCUUCGUCGUGGUUUAAUUUUCAGAAUAGUUUGCAGAAUGUUUUCGAACAAAUACGAGGAGGCUGUUCAUAAGCUGAACUCAUUACAAUCCAAUAAAGCAACUAUUGCACAAAUUCGCAAGGAUAUAAAAACUGGCCAAAAAUGUACAAACUUGGAAGACAUGGAAAACUAUCUUAUGAGAACUGGAAUUUCAUUGAACACACUUGAUAAAUUAUCUGUGAUACAUGUGGCUGGCACUAAAGGAAAGGGUUCAACAAGUGCAAUGUGUGAAUCAAUAUUACGCGCACACGGUUUUCGUACCGGUUUCUACUCAUCACCACAUCUAGUAGCGGUACGAGAACGAAUCAGAUUGUUUGGAUUACCACUUUCUGAAGAGGCAUUUGCAAGGCAUUUUCAUAAAGUGUAUGAUUCUCUGUAUAAAACACAGGCGUAUGAUGGUGACAUGCCAAAAUAUUUCGCGUUCCUGACAGUAAUGGCGUUCAAUGUGUUUCUUGAAGAGGAAGUAGAUGUCGCAGUUGUGGAGGUUGGAAUAGGCGGGAUCAUAGACUAUACUAAUAUUAUAAGAAAAGUUCCAGUUAUUGGCAUAACAGCACUGGGGCUAGAUCACACUUCCAUACUGGGUAAUACACUACCAGAAAUAGCAUUGGCUAAAGCCGGCAUUAUGAAACCGGGAUGUGUAGCUUACACGGUACAUCAAGAUACUGAGGCAAUGGAUGUACUAAGGCGAAAAGCUGUUGAAUUUCAAUGUCCUCUUACCAUAGUUCCCAAUUAUAGUACAUAUUCAUUUCAAAAUGGUCUUCGUCUAUCCAUAGAAUUAGAAGCUUAUAGAAUGAAUGCAUCAUUAUCUAUUCAACUAGCUCAUGCAUGGAUGAGAAUGAAAAACAAAGUUAAAUAUAAUAUAGAUAACAUAAAUCAAAAUACAGAUUUAUUAAUCAGUAGCUUGUCAAAGGAAACUGUGAUUGGCUUGCGGGAUUGCAAGUGGCCUGGGAGGUAUCAGGUUAUUGAAACAGAAUAUGGUUGUGUAUAUCUUGAUGGGGCUCAUACAAAAGAAUCCAUGGAAAUAUGUGCUAAAUGGUUCGCGGAAAACUGCAGAUUUCAUCAUAAGGAUUUGAUAUUCAGCGCAACAGGAGACCGAAAUGCUGAAGUUCUAUUGAAACCGCUUAGUCAUAUGCAUUUUGAUACUGUCUAUUUUGUAAUUCCAAUAGCGCAUAAAGAAAUUAGCAACAAAAGCGACAAUUAUACAAUUAUGGAACACAAUGAACUGAUUUCCCGAUGUAAUAUUUACGCAAAUAUUUGGAAAAAUAUUAAUAAGCAAUCCAGAAAAAUUGUGGUGUUAGAAUGUGUUUCAGAUGUGCUACGAUGUAUAAAUAAUAAAGAAAAAAGGUCAAUACUAAUAACUGGAUCAUUGCAUCUUGUUGGUGCGGCUUUAUCAGUAAUAGAUCCUAAUUUGACUAAAUAGUUAGGUCUAAGCAUGGUAAGCUAAAAUUAAGGAAAUUUGUUAAUUUUUUUAUUAAACUUAAAUUACCUG